AUGGUGCGAUUUGCGCCUAUACCCACAACUGCGAAGGCUAUGGGGCUUGCAGCAGUCGAGGUUCCGUUUGGGCCUUUCCUGCUGGCAUCCUCCCUCUUCGGCGCGCCUUGGAGUAUACUGAGCGCCGUGGUUGGCUCCUCCUUGGCGUCGCUCCCCGAGGUGCUGGAAGGGCGAGGUGACGAGAAGAUGCGUGAGCUUCUCGAGUCCUGGCGCCAGCAGCCCAUUCUGGCAACCGGGCUCCUCGUCGCGUCGGUGCUGCUGACGGCCUUGUUGAUAGCAAAGUCGCGGAAGAUGUAUUGCACCUAUCGUGAGCUCAUGGCUAAAGCCAGCGCAUAG